CGCGUCCUGCUCACACCGGAAACCUGAAGGACGCUGCACCGAGAGGAGAAGGCUCCGUGUACCGGUAGUGUGCUGACCCACUGCACUCCUCCCUAAAAUCUCACUCUGCCGCCCUAUAGUACUUAAUGACGUGACGUUUGUUAGCUGAGCUACAGUGUCAUGCAGAGCAGCAGUCCGCCACUAGAGGGCAGUCGUGCUACACGAAACAACCAGUGUAUCCUAGAGACUAUUACUAUAUGUUUUUAGAGCUAUGGAAGCAGAAUAUAUCAAGAACCUGCAACAGCAGAUAUACUUCCUGGAACUUGAGGCUAACUUCCUUCGUGAGCAGACUAAAAAGGCUGCAGAUCUUCAGCCCCAGCUCACCGUGGAAGCAGAUCAUCUGCUCAGGAAGCUUCUGGAGCUCCGUUCAGAAUGUGAGGGUCUCAAACUGGAAGUGAAGCGCAAAGAUGCCCAUAUGCUUAUGUUACAGCGAGAUCAAGAAUCUUUCAGAGGACAGAUCAGAGAAGCUGAAGAUUCCCAUUCCAAAGAAAAGCAGCAAUUGAUUGAGGAUGUAGUCCAGCUGAAGAAAGGGAAGGAGCUUACUGACCGACGGAUGUCUCAGAAGGAGAUGGAGAUUCUUCUCAACAAGCAGGAGUUUGAACGUGAGAUGGUCAUUGUAUCCAACAGUGGCCAGAGGAUAACUGCACUUCAGACACAGCUGAAGCAAAGAAUGGAGCAACAAAAAGAGAUGGAAAAUCAACUGUCACAGAAGAGAAUGGAGCUGCUGAAAGUGACUUCAACCAGGCAUGAAAUGGAGGAAAAGCUGAUCAAACACACAGCGGUGACUCAGAAUCAGCUUACACUUGACUUAAGGAAUGAAAUAAGUUUCCUCCAUCAACAAAUUCGGGAGAAAGAUCUGCUGUCUGAACAGGGGCGAGUCCUGAGACAGAAAAUGAUGAGCGACUGUGCAGAGCUGACCAAUGAGAACAAUGCAUUGCAAACCCAACUACUGGGACUUACCAAACAGCUGGAAAUACAGAAAGCACUUAAAGAAGACAACUAUACCCACAGCUCUACUAACGUUGCUCAACUUCUACAUGUCAAGGACAAAGAAGAGCAACUUAUCAAGCAGGUACAACUGCAGCAAGUUCUUCUCAAGAAGGAGAAGGAGAAUUUCAAGGAUUUGAUGGGACAGAUUGACCUGAUGCUUAGUGGGAAUGAUUUCCAAGAUUUGAGAACCAAUACAUUAAGCAGCCAGAUUGCAGAGAUACAAGCCAUGUUAGUCAAGGAGGAGCAAAUAAACACAGAAUUUAGGAGAGAUAAGACACUGCUAGUUGACCACAUAUCUUCCUUGCAAACCCAGAUCACUAAAAAGGAGGCUGAGCUGCUGCAUGUUUCUUUAAAAAUAGAAGACCUGGACACGCGCCUCUCAACUUUUCAGUCUGAGCAUUCGAUGCAGCGGUCUCUGCAGUCGGUCAAAUGGAAGGAGAUCUCAGACCUGGCGAGGUCCAUGAAGAAACUAUCCCAAUGACUGCCUGACCCACACCUUGAGAAGCAUUAAUGUGCCUGGUGUUACACUUCUAUUUACAUGGCCAAAUAAUAAUUAAUUUUAUAGUUUUUUAUAAUUUCUUAAAUCAAAGAUAAAAUUGAAUGACUUAGAGUAGAGUCUUUGUGUUCUCCGUAUCAUUGCACCAGUAUGGUUUCUACAUUGUAGCAGCUAGUGGCUACCAUGAUGGCAGAGGUCUCUAACCACAAACCCAUCUCUGCACAUAACAUGUGACAACUAAGCAUGCCAAAUACUUCGACAUUUAGAAAAUAAGUGAAAGUGAUACACACUGUCAGAAAAUGUGUCAUGUCAAUGAGCUAAACUGAAAAAGUAAUAUAUACAUUUCCUUUCUAUAAAUUGCAACCCGAUGUCUGGUAUUCUAUAUGGAUGUCAGCGGUAAAACCUUACAAUAUGUGAUGAUUACAGCCUAUCUUUCAGUAUGCUGUAAGAGCCAUUGAAAAGACAAGUGAAUCUACUGUAAAAUAUAUGUUAUGCUUUUUGUUGUAAUUGACUUGACUCAUACAUAUAAUAAGUACUGCUUAUUUCUGCAGAACAAGUAAACCAGUCGCUUGACACUUCAGGGUUUAUCUGUUUCAAUUAAAAGGAAAU